AUGGAUCAGGUAACGCAGUUUGUUGAGCCCAGCCGGCAGUUCGUCAAAGACUCCAUAAGGCUUGUAAAAAGGUGCACAAAACCCGACAGGAAAGAAUUUCAGAAAAUCGCCAUGGCCACAGCAAUCGGGUUUGCCAUCAUGGGUUUCAUUGGAUUCUUUGUCAAGCUCAUUCACAUCCCCAUCAACAACAUCAUUGUGUAA